AUGGCAUUAAUAAAUAAUUUAAUUGGAAACUUUGGUAGAUAUCAACUAUAUCUGUGUCUUAUUGUUUUCACCAGUAAAUUUGGUGUAGCAUUUCAUCAAAUGGCAAUAUUGUAUCUGGCGCCACCAGUAAGUUACACUUGUCCAAACAAUAAAACGUGUUGCGAUAAUCCGGUCUAUGACAAAUCAGUUUUUAAACGGACCAUUGUUAUGGAGUGGAAUUUAAUAUGUGAAAAGGCGUGGUUAAAAGACUUCACCCAAACGCUCUUUCAAUUCGGUGUUCUAAGCGGAAGUCUCUUGUUUGGCAUUGCCUCUGACAGAUUUGGCAGAAGACCCACAUUGUUAUUGGCGGUGCUACUUGAAGUCUUCUUGGGAGUUAUAUCCUCUUUUCUUCCGGACUACUGGAGCUUCACUAUCGCUCGGAUGUUUCUCGGAUUAUCUGUGGGUGGCAUAAUGGUCAUUGGAUUUGUGCUUAUUGUGGAGUAUGUUGGGGGGGCUUAUAAAGAUGCUAUAUCGGCACUUUUUCAUAUUCCAUUCACUCUUGGUCAUAUAUUGUUAGCACUGUUUGGCUUUCUAAUAAGAGAUUAUGUUCAUUUUCAAUUGGGGAUAUCUUUGGCAAAUAUAGUACUUAUUAUAUAUAUUUGCUUACUGCCAGAAUCCCCAAGAUGGCUUAUGGCAACUGGUAAAGUCUUGAGAGCUAUUAAACAAAUGGAACACGUAGCAAAAAUCAAUAACCUUCCAACUGAAGAUAUAGAAUGCCAAAUGCAAUUGUAUCUUAUCGAAUGCUUGAGGUCUGGGCAAAGAAAAGGGACUGUGCUAGAUUUGUUUCGAAAUCCAAGCCUGAGGCGGAAUAUUCUUAUAAUGUGUUUUCUCUGGUUUGUUUGUAGCUACAGUUUCUACGGAAUGGCUCAUUACAUAAGUCACAUGACUGGGAAUGUGCAUCUGAACAUCGUGGCUUGCGGAACAGUGUGUCUCUGUGCUUGCCUCAUUGCAAUUCCUCUUAUUAAGGUCUCUAAACGAAAAAUAUUAGUAUGUAUACCAAACGUAAUGUCGAGUAUAUGUUUUUUAUUUAUAAUAGUUAUUCCAGACGGAAUUGGAUCGGUAAUAAUGGGUUGUUUGGGUAUAUGGUGCAGUUUUUUAGUUUUUAUUGUUAUUUACCUCUAUUGUUCUGAAAUGUUUCCGACAGUAGUUCGUAGUUCAGCAUUAGGAAUAGCGUCAAUGAUGGCGCGGUUAGGUGCGAUGGUGGCACCUUUUGCCGCAGCUUUAAGACCGUUCGGAAGUUGGUGUUCUCCUUUAGCGUUCGGAAUUUUACCGCUAGUGGCAGCACUCCUUUGUUUAGUCUUACCGGAGACAAAAGAUUGCGACUUAAUGAUGACAAUCCAAGAUGGGCAAGCUCAAAGAAGAAACACUGAAACUAGUACUGAAGAAAUAAGAUAA